AUGUCGGCGACGGGAGCUCAAGGGCCUGCAAAGCCCGUGCACAAGACUGUGCUCAAUCUUGGUAAUUUGCCACCUAAGCGAGCUGGUUUCGGCGGAGGUGUGAGUGUUCUGAUAGGGUCGAAAAAUUUGGCUACAGCAAGCCAAGUGUGCCUCGUUGUCUCGACACCCAACAGCGAUGGCUUUACGGGCAAUGUGUAGCAAAUGCUGAUGCUUGCGGGACCAACGUCUUGUGUAUCCUCUCAGAGCUAUCCGCGGACUCCGUCCCGCGUGGAUCCCAACAACCCUCCUUGGCCAGCUUACAGAGGCUACCAUGAGUUCUCGUUCGCGCACGAGACCAUGGGCAAACGCUUGCCAACCAUUCUAGGCAAGGCCAUCGAUGACACCAUCAAGACGCUAAAUGAACAGAGCAAGGAGGAAUGGAUGGUCGAUCUGCUGCAAUGCAUCGAGAGGAUGCAGGAGCUUAUGAAGGAUCUUCAAGCGAAUGCGAAGCUUAGACCAGUCGUCGAUGAUGGCGAAGGCGAUGUGGCAUUGUGGAAUAAGGAGCUGGCAAGGUAUUUCAGGGGCAAAACUUUCAUGGAUGCGUGAGUAGGCGGUUCCGACAGAGGCACAUGCGCCCGAUUUGAGCUUGCCUUGAUGCCCAACGCGCCUCGUAUGACAGUCCAUGGUUCUUUGCGGAAGCAUACAAGUACCGUAGACUGCACGAAUGCUUCAGCAUCUCCAAGCACUGGAAAGACUACGACGUCUUUUUCCGCCAAAAGUGCGACACUUUUUCUCGCUCAGGCACCGCCGUCUUUGAGCUCUCGACUCGCUUCGCCGAGCCGUUCCACUACGAAGCGAAUGCUAGCGAAGACGAGAAAGUGAAAGCCAGGAAGCUCAUCUUCCACGAGCUCACUCAGAUCUGCUUGUGGGGAAAUGCUACGGAUCUAAGUCUGCUCAUCAACAUGACUGAGGAUGACAUCAAGAACCUUCAGAGCACUGGGGGAGAGCACCUGGCUGCGACUGAGAAGAACAUCCUUGGAAACCAUAUCGACAGAAUCUGGGCAUUGCUUUCCAACAUCAAGUGAGCGAUAAUUCGGAACCCCACAGAGCUACGUCCACAGCCACGCUCACACCUCUAUUGUUGGCAGAGAUGGUCGGCUUGACUUCGUGCUCGACAACGCAGGAUUCGAGCUUUACUGCGAUUGCGUGUAUGGUGGGUGCACUCGCGGAGCGCGAGUCGUGGUGCAUCGCGGAAAGCUGACGAGAUAUUCUUCACUUGUUUCCACGUAGCGGACUGGCUCAUCCAGUCUGGCAUCGCAAAGCAGAUUCGCUUCCACGGGAAGAGGUUUGCUUGGUUCGUCUCCGACGUCACCCGCAAGGAUUGGGACUGGCUGUUGAAUAGCAUGAUGUACGGAAGCCUGUUCAGCACUGCCUCGGAUGAUCAGCUACAGUCCCUGAGGCAGCUCGCUGUGCGCUGGAAGAACUAUGAGAAGGAGGGUAAAUGGGUGUAUGGUGAGUCACACGACAAAUGCUCGGUAGGUGCAGCCCGAAACAGCCCAUUCUGAUCACUGACUACUUGACACGCACUCAGAGCAACAUCCCUUCUGGUGUACGGGUGCGUCGAGCCGCAGUACACAACUCGCAGCUGCAAGCGCUGAUCCCUCCUAUGCUUACGAUUCGUGCACGCAGGCUACAGCUUUUGGUCUCUGCCUUCUGAAGCUCCCGACCUCUUUUUGCAUCUGUCCGAGAGCGAUUGCGUCUUCUUCAAGGGCGAUCUGAACCAUCGGUGAGCUCGCGGCGGCUUUUGUAUGCCUCGCCUGCACUACGUCUCACCUGCUCCUCACCUCCAUCUCGCAGUAAAUUGACUUAUGACUGUCAAGCUCCAUCGCAAACUCCAUUCGACAUUGCGAUUGGACCCUUGGCUUCGGAAGAUGGCGCACCUCCGGUCGUCUCGCUCAGGACAGUCAAAUCGGAUGUGGUCGUCGGGGUGGACGAGGCGACAGCUGCUAGAUUGGACAAGGAGGAGCCGGGAUGGCGGAUCAGCGGCAAGUACGCCGUCGUUUUGCUCAGCGAAGGCGAUGCGGAAAGGAAACCGGUGCAAUUGGGGGGCGAAAAGCGCCCGUAAGUGCGAGCACCUUGGCCGCUCGUUGCUGCUACUAUUGGCCACGUCUCGAAUCCUCCUCCUGCACUUCAAGCAGCCACGUCUUCUCCCACAAAGUCGCUUUGUAGUUUGAAUCCAUAUGUCAUACACGCAAUGAAUUCGACGUGACCUUCCAUGGGCCUGGGGAAAUGCCAAUAGGCAAAUACGUGACUAAGCUCUGACGAGCCAUGCUGCUGGGCGAUGGAUACCAUGCACGCACUGGCCCGGGUCAAGGAAAGAACCCAGAGCCAUUUCUGUGCCGCGAGCCUAGAGCUGCUGCCCGGGGUCCCCGAGCGCCUGGCUUUGAGCUUCAGUCGAGCGUACGCCAGGCAUCAGCGUCACAGCGAAGCGACAAAGUGGUGAGUCUUGAGUCAAAGUCAUGAGUCGAGGUGGAGGGCGGAUACGCAUCACGUGACGCUGUGAUUCCGCGCUGCAAAACACACCAAAUCAAAAAUCUGAUGACCGAAUUGCAGAUGGGGCGGCGAGCAGCAGCUCGAGUGAAGUAUGAACGCUCGUCUCUGCAUUGUGUUUUCUCCACUACACUCAUCAUCUACCGAGCAUGAGGUGCGAAAUUAUGAGCAAACAGACGAUCUGGACGCAAAGUCGGUGAAGACGGUAGAGACUGCGGGACGAAGCACGGGGGUUACGAGAACUUGCAGGGCAGACGGCAGUCUAGCGGCUGUUGAGCUGGCUGUCCUGGAUAGCCGCCGUCCGAAAGGCAAUCCAGAGCAUCUGGUUGUCAUUACCGCUUGCAGAGCUGAGCACGCUGCUCCAAGACGUCUAGAUGGCAUGUAUGAAAGGGGAUUCGCAAACGUCAAGUGCUGCCACGCCCCUCAUUUCGGAACGCCGACGUUGGUCAUGUCGGCGCCACCCUUUGCAGUGCCUGCGGGCAUGCGAUGGGAUGGAGAGCUCAAGAGGUUUUUUGCGCUGCCGCCUUCGCAAUCCAAAGUAAUGACUAAACGUGCUGUGGUUGAGGAGAAAGCAAAGGAAAGCAUAAGAAAGCGCAAGCCCAUCAUUCGUGCUGACCCUCCGGCAUUUGAGACGCCGGUAGACGCCGUGUCGAAUGGGACGCUUGCUCCGCGAAGUCAGGCAUUUCAGGGAUUGGCGAUGCGGAGUCGAAAUUCUAUGCCAAGCUUGGCCCAAAGCUCUCGGUGAGUCCCUGUCGUAGCGUCGAUCUGCAGGUCAGCUGAGCCCGCUUCCCUCAAUCAACAACAGAACACACAGACUUGCCCAAAUUCAUCUGCAGGUGCGCGAGGCAAGAGGUAUCAGGAAAGGAGACGCAAUACGCUGCUUGUGGAUCAGCGUGCAGGAUGAAAGGACCUUGCCCCUCGUAGACAGCAGUCUUCGUAUUCAAGUAAGUGCAUCGCGCGCGCGCGUGCCUCGAUGACGGGUAUCACGACUGCCAUGUCAAGUGUCACCACUGAUCUUGCCUCGAUAUUUAGACCAGUCCUGAAGCUCCGCAACUGCUACUGUACACGACGUCUCGUCUUGCAGUGUUCGAGUGAGUGGUUGAGUUGGUGAAAAGGGGCUGUUUUGCUGGCGCAGUAGUUUGUGGAUGCCUUCCGACUUGACAUGGUUGCCUGCCUCACCUUACAGAGACAUAGAACAUGCAGGCAAACGAGAAGGCCCUGCAUUUCAUACUGACCGACGGCUCGAGGGCGGACAAUCAUUGGAACUCGGCUGGCUUCACUCUCACUUUGACAGAGCCCCGUACACCAAAGAUCUUGAUUUUAUGUGGUGAAUUCGUUACAGCUUUCUUGACCCUGCGAGCUGACAGCCGGCUCACCCAGUCGAACUCACAAAAAGCGUGCCUUACGCGAGACGUGGUGGCAGGAUAGCAACGGCUUUCCAUCAACGAAGUCGCCAAGAUUGGCGACGCCAUUGGCCACAAGAUGCAACAUCACCUGAGAUACCGCAUGCUACCUUCAUCCUAACAAGCGACAGGAAAAGUAUGUAUGCGGCAAGAGGUGAGGCGCAAUCGCAAGGUUGUUCGGUGUGCGACUCGUCGCUGAUUAGGCUGCUCCUCGCAUCAGUGCGAGACGGACGCGCAGAGGUGCUGUUCGUCGCCGAUACAUGGCAGCAGCUUGACUUGCCGCCCGGACACAAGCUCAAGUUUCACUCCGACAUCCUUCGCCUCGCCUUCAUGCCUGAUCGCGCGUUGAUCUUGGGCUUGCGCUCUGGCCUGCUAAACAUUCUUAGUCUGGGAAAUUUGGAGCGAGGCUAUAUCAAAGUUCGCCCUGGACCCAGCCUAGAAGGCGCUAUUGCCUCCAUGGAUGAUGACGGGCACGGCGGACUCAUCGUGAGCACGUCUCGGGGUAGCGUGAGUGGUUAGGACUGCGGGCCUCACUAGCAUUCCAGCAACGCCUGACUGUCCCCGCUGUGAUCAGCUGUUGAGGCUCGAUAGGGACGUCAACAUCGCCAUGCGGUAUUGCGGGCAUGUUUCGACGGCUUCCACGACGUUAGUGAGUCGCUGUGGUCCAGGGUGUGCAUAUUUCUCCUGAGCUAACGCCCCUCCCUGCGCGCUUAGUGUGUGGUCGUUAAUCCCAUCCAACGACUAAUCGCAGCCGAAGGGGAGGAUCACGUCGUCCGAAUCUGGCGCUUUGAAUCUCCCAACGUCAUCUGGUCUAGCGAUCGCUCACCGGCAUUCUGUACCGUGUAUCCAAGUGCGAACUUUCCCGAUGCUGCGACGCACCCAAAAGAUGAACCCAAUUUCGUUUUUACGGAACCGCUCAGCAUUGCAUGGCGGUAUGAUCGCUUUGGGCUUCUCAUCUCGCACAAGGACACGGUGUACUUCUUCGAGUGAUAGUCAUACCACGCAAGAUCUCUUCAUCGCCCUUGGGUUUGUUGUAAGUGAAGAUGAUGCGCCCAAUGGCAAUUACGAAUGAUGGGAACGCACCACAUGCUGAAACUCUUGUCGAUGUUACAGCUGUGA